AUGAAGACCAGAAAAGAAAGGCUCCAUUGGCUUCAAAUUUCUACCGCCAAGGCAUCAAAUACAAGACCCUCUGUCAAGCUCCCCCAAGGAGAAUUCCUCGGAAUCCAGAUGGAGGACGGAUUCCCACAUCCCCUCGACGCAUUUCUCGGGAUUCCAUACGCUAUGCCCGCAACCGGAGAAAACUGUUUCAAGCCAGCUCAGAAAAUAGAAGAGUCCAGAGGAAUAAUCGAUGGCUCAAAGUACGGCCACGCAGCUCCUGGAAAGGCAUUGCUUUCCGGAGGCCCAAACCUCGAGCAAAGCGAAGAUUGUCUGACUGCAAAUAUUUUCCUACCUACCCGAUUCAAUGGUUUACUCCCAGUGGCAAUUUACUUGCACGGCAGUGCAUUCAAUCGUGGUUCUGCUGCUAUGCACGAUACUGCUUCCAUGAUAGCCUGGUCGGGAAAGCCAUUUAUCGGUGUAAGCUCCGGGUACCGCAUUGGGGCUCUUGGCUUCUUGCCUUCAAAAGUCAGCAAAGAUGAGGGCAUCUUGAAUUUGGGUCUAAGGGAUCAGGUCCUUCUCUUCGAAUGGGUUCGGGACAACAUCGGUCGAUUUGGUGGGGAUCCAGGAAAUGUGACCCUAAUGGGACUCUCUGCGGGGGCGCACUCGAUUGGCCAUCAUAUGCUAAAUCACGACCAUAGAAAACUCCAUUUAUUCCAUCGCGCGAUCAUGGAAUCUGGAUCGCCCACCUCUAGAGCUGUCCGCCCUUAUGACGCAAAGAUCCACGAGGAGCAAUUUCAAGACUUUCUUAGAGAGCUUAAAUGCCCAGAGGACCUGGAUGAAACAGAAAUAUUUUCAUAUCUGCGCAGCCUCGCGAGCUCAGACAUAAUUGAGGCUCAAACAACGGUCUUCGAUAAGUACAAUCCCUCACUAAGAUGGUCCUUCCAACCAGUCAUCGACGGAGAUAUCAUUGCACUCAAACCACUCGAAGCAUGGCAUUCUCAAUCAUGGAACAGAAUACCUAUAAUGACCGGAUUCAACACAAAUGAAGCAAACGCCUAUGUCAACAAGCAGAUGUCCGAACCAUCGGAAUUCUGCACAUUCUGGCAAAAUCUUCUUCCCAACCUUUCAGCCUCCGAACUAGACACGGUUGAACAGCUAUAUCCAGAUCCAAAAAUUGAUCCCAGAUCACCAUACAAAGAGACAGGUGAAGGCCUCGGAGCUCAAUUCCGGCGCAUAGAGGCAGCAUAUGGACACUACGCUUACGUGGCACCCGUCCGUCAGACAGCUCAUCUUGCCUCUUCCCAGGGCGGCCUGGUAUGUCUAUACCAUUGGGCACUUCCUCGCACUAUUCUCGGCGCAAGUCAUGCUGAUAAUAUGUAUUAUGAGACAUAUAACAAUGAUGUCCGAGAAAUCUCCGAAUCUCAAAAUGAAUUAUUGGGGACGCUUCAUGCAUACCUGACCAGCUUCAUUACGACGGGAGAUCCGAAUACUGUGCGAGGGCGAUAUCCGCACAGACCGGAAUGGUCGCCCUUUGAACCAACAGAAAAGAAAAUUAUGCUUUUUGGAAAGGAUAAUCAGGAACUUAUUGGUGGGGAAGUAGCUCCUCCUGCUAAGAUUGUUGUGGAUGACUGGGCGAGAAAAGAAACGGAAUUUUGGUGGUCGAAGACAGAUCUUUCGGAGCAGGCCUGA